AUGCCGCGCAAAAGCGACUCGUCCCGACGGAGCGACGUCUCGAUGGCCAAGUUCGUGCUGGCUGACAGCGAAGGCUCCCAGCCCGAGCCGGCCACUCAAACGGAAUCCAGUACGAGGCCUCUGGCCCCUGCCGCGCCCGCGAGGCCAGCCUCAUCUAUGGAGGUCGACCCCGAGCGGGGGAGCGAGUCGGUGCCACCUUCUGAGAAGAGGGAAAGAGAGAGAGACUCGGUGGCUAUUGAGGACCUUAAUCUGCCCAAGUCGAUAAUCACACGUCUGGCCAAGGGUGUCUUGCCGCCGAACACACAGAUUCAGGCCAAUGCCAUUCUGGCCAUGACGAAGGCGGCAACCGUCUUUAUCAACCACCUCGCGAACGCGGCAAAUGAACGCACUCUAGGCUCGAACAAGAAGACCAUCAUGCCGGCCGAGGUCUUCGAGGCCCUAGACGACAUAGAAUACCCCGAGUUCCGGGAGACGGUGCAGAAGGAGUUCAAGAAAUUCAACGAGAUUCAGUCCACGAAGCGCAAUACCUACCGGCGCAAAGUUGCGGCCGCCAAGAAGGGGGUACCCUUUGUCGAUUCGCAGGACCAGCCUGGCGAUGAGCACGAUACCUCCUCGGCGACGGCCAACGGCAGCGCGGCCGGCGGCUCGGGGGCGACAUUCAUCGAGGACCCCGCGGCCGCGGCCGGCAUCGACACGUCGCGCUCGAUCAAAAAGCAGCGGCUGAACGGCGGCGCCGACGACUCGGCCAUGACGCUCGGGGACGCCGACACGACGCAGGAGUUUCAGGACGCCGAGUCCGAGCCCGAUGAGCACGUAGAGGAGGACGAUGAGGACGACGAGCCCGAAGACGAGGCUGAGGAGGACGACGAGGACGACGAGGACGGCGGCGCUGACGAUGACGAGAUGCACGAUGCCCUCGAGGAGCGGGAGCAGAGCGGCGCCGACGAGGACGAGGCCCUCGAUAACGGCGAGGACAGCGACUCCUAG